CGCAUUUAUUUACUAGACGCGCAGGUUGGCGCUGCCCGCUUCCCCGCAGCCGUCGGAAGGGGUCUGGGAGAUGGGAAGCGCGGAGUCGCGGUUUCGAGCGGAGGCUGCUGAGGCGGCAGCGGAGGGGGGCGGAGCGGUGGCCUGGGCCGCUUCCUCCUCCUCCUCCUCCUGGGCAGAGAGCGCGAGCGGGGCUGUGGUGGGGCUGGCUGCUCUCCGCCGUGCCCGCCAUGGGGAUCCGCAAGAAGAGCAACAAGAACCCGCCCGUGCUGAGCCAUGAGUUCGUUGUGCAGAACCACGCGGACAUCGUUUCCUGCAUGGCCAUGGUCUUCCUGCUGGGGCUCAUGUUCGAGGUUACAGCAAAAGCAGCUGUUGUCUUUGUUACACUUCAAUACAAUGUUACUAUUCCUGCCACAGAAGAACAGCCUAUGGAAACAGCCACACUCUAUCACUAUGGCAUCAAAGACCUGGCUACGGUUUUCUUCUACAUGCUGGUAGCAAUAAUUAUACAUGCUGUUAUUCAAGAAUAUGUGUUAGAUAAAAUUAACAAGCGGAUGCACUUUUCCAAAACAAAGCACAGCAAAUUCAAUGAAUCUGGACAACUCAGUGCAUUUUACCUUUUCUCCAGUGUUUGGGGAACCAGCAUUCUUCUGUCUGAGAACUAUGUAUCUGAUCCAACCUCACUCUGGAGAGACUACCCACAUACAUCAAUGCCGUUUCAAAUGAAGUUUUUCUACAUUUCACAAUUGGCAUACUGGUUCCAUGCUUUUCCAGAAAUGUACUUCCAGAAGACAAAAAAAGAGGACAUUCCUCGCCAGCUUGUUUAUAUUGGGCUUUAUCUUUUCCAUAUCUCCGGAGCUUAUUUGUUAAAUUUAACCCAUCUUGGGCUGGUUCUCCUUGUGUUGCAUUACUUUGUGGAAUUUCUCUUCCACAUCUCUAGGCUGUUUUACUUCAGUGAUGACAAGUACCAAAAAGGAUUUUCACUUUGGGCAAUUCUAUUUGUGUUGGGAAGACUUUUGACCUUGAUUCUUUCUGUCCUUACCGUUGGAUUUGGCCUUGCUAGAGCAGAGAAUCAGACAUUGGAUGUUAGUACUGGAAACUUCAAUGUGCUGCCAAUCAGAAUCAGCGUGUUGGCCUCUAUCUGUUUAACUCAGGCCUUUAUGAUGUGGAAGUUCAUUAAUUUUCAGCUAAGAAGGUGGAGAGAACAUUCCUCCCCUCCCCAACCAGUAAAAAAGAAGUUUGUGGCAACUAAAGGCAAGCCAUCCAAAAAAGAAAGAGAAAAUGGAAUAAAUGGAACGUUAACCUCAAAUGGUGCAGACUCGCCUCGUAGCAGGAAAGAAAAAUCCUCUUAAAACAGGACUUUAUUAAGUUAAUUGACUAAUAUCCCCAAAGAGAACUGCUUUUUACAAGUUGGAAAGUCCUUCAGCACCUGAGUUCUUACUGUUGACAAAUAAAAAUUAAUUUUUUAUUAUGGCUACCAUAAUGGUUUUUGUGCAACUUUUAAAAACAUUUUAACUGAAAAAGGGGCCGCAUUACUUUUGCUAUCUUAAAAAAAAUGUUUUUGAGUAUUAAUCAAAAUUCACUUGCCAAAAAACAGUAAGUCUCUCAUUCCUUCCAGCUUUACAAUUGUGAUGUAGCCUAUUCCAAAACUGUUUUGAAGUUUGUUUGAGAAUUUGACAUUUAAAGUAAUACCAUAUCUGUUUUUAGAUAUUUUCUAAUGCUUCAGUGUAUAUUAUGAUUUUACAGUUCAGAACAGAAUUUGUAAAGCACCAAAAUAAUCAUUACUUUGUAAGUAAUAUCUACAGCGGUUCAAGAAAUUCCUUUAUUAAAACACAGUUAAGACUGACUGAAAUGUUCCUCUGUGUGUGUGUGAGAGAGAGAAAGAGAGAGAUCAAAGUUUUUGUGGUAUAGGGCAUCCUACCAUGAGAACCAGUUUAUAUCUUAAAAAACAUACUGAGUUGCUCCUACAGCCGUUUUUAAUUUGGCAUGGUAACUUCUUCUUGUCCUUUUUGGUUUUCUUCCACCUGAUUUUUCUGGCUCUCGGCUAUCUUGAUGUAGCCAGUGAGAGCUGGAUUCCUUGAACCAUGAUGUCUUUAGAACAGCAUACAAUUAGCAGCAGCACAUAAAACACCCAAGUGUGUAUUGCAAGCCCUGGCUGAAUGGCCCAGGCUAGCCCUCUCUCACCAGAUCACAAAAGCCAAGUAUGGUUGGCUCUGGUCAGUAUUUGGAUGGGAGGACCACCAAGGAAGGCCAGGGUUGCUAUGAAGAGGCAGGCAAUUGGCAAACUACCUCUGAAUGUCCUUGAUUUUGAAACCCCUACAGAGUUGCCAUGAGUCAGCUGUGACUUGAUGGUGCUUUCUAGCGCCAUAUAUUAAAAGAGGUAGUUGUGAAAAGUUGAUGGUACUAAAAAUACAGUGCUGCUUGAUAAAGAUCCCCCAGUGCAAGCAGAGUUUAGACUGCUGUUACAGCCGCUGGGGGGAAGCAUACUUUUUCAUGUCUACUGCCAUCCAUCUCUUUCCCAGUCCAAUGACAGGAAGCAUUGCCUGGGAUUUAUCUCUAAAUAUUGGUAUUUCUGUGGUGGAUAGCGAUUUGUCUUGACUACAAAAAGCAUCUGACUACAAGAUGCAUAAAGAGAAUGGUUUGAAAACAAUAAUUUAGAAUAACUGAUUGUGAAUUGUAUAUUGUUUUUUCAUCAUCAAAAUAUCAGUGGGAUAAACCUCAGUAAGAAUAUCAUUUGAGGAUUAUCUUGCUUUAAUUACACUAUAUGUGAAUAUGUACCAGGUAGAAUUCUUAACAGAUAGAAGCUGUUAGAGCACCAAAUAAUCAGUACUGAGGAAUAACAAAUGGCUUGGCCUGACUAUAUCCUUCCAGUAAAUUUUAGCAAGUGCCAGAUAAUUGCUUCAGAGUGGAGGCUGAGUGUAGUCCUUCCACAGGAUGUUGCCAUGUAUAGGAGGGAAGCGUUCUCUGAAGGGCCACUACAGUUCCCCAGCUUAGCUAAUUUACUUUAUUCACACAGAUAGCACUUAAGUGGAGCAGGAACAAGUAAUGGUACUAUAAUGGGGGUUUCAUAGCAAGCCUUGAUCAUCUGACCCAGAUCUCUGGGUAUUGCUGUGUUAGGGAGAAGAGCAGCUCAGAGCAGUUUUCACCUCUGAUCUUUGAGAAGGGAACAAGGCCCAGCCUUUUCCACAUGUCCUUUACUUGGUUUUAAAAGUGAUAUAACAAUAAGAGUCAGAGCAUUUAAUAGCACCCACCGCCAUACAGUCGAAACAAGAUCUUUCUUAUAUAUAAAAUUAAAAGUAAGACAUUCUUCUUAGGGAUAUAGUGUCUUGUAUGGUCUAUUUGUGCAGGAAGAUCCAGCAUCAGGCAUGCCAAAGGAGCCACACAGACCAUGUAAGGGAUUAGAAUGUGAAUGACUUACAAAAUUACUAUUCUUUUCUCACCUUCCCCUGGCAAUAGAUUUGGUAAAUUAAUGUUCUGUCCCUAUGAAGUGACUGCCACUGCCACUCCCUUUCUUGAGCAUACAUUCCAAACACUCAGUGAACCCAGUAUAUUCAGGCUUCUCACAGCCGCCUUGUCUGCAUCCUUUGGCACUAGUAUGUUCAUAUCUGAAGGCCCUUAAGACAAUAAUUUAUGGCACUCUGGACUAGGAGUGUGGUGUUUGAAUGUUUUCCUAGCUGGAACAACUGGAUUACUUUGUUCAGUUGUGUUUCAUGCAAAGCUUUUAUUAAUUUUAGCUUUUUUUCAGCCUAAAGCAGAGAUCUAUAAAAUUCAAACCUGGCGAAAUGGUUCCAAUAAAAUAUAAUGGCAAAGGUAUACAUUUUAUUUCUACAAAUGAGAUCGUGCCUGAUUAAAUUUCUGGAAGGAUUUUUUCAAGAUGUAUUGGGAAUAACAAGAGUGUGUACAUUUCUAAUAAAUUCUUAAUAAAACAA